AUGUCGGUGGAUGCCGUGGUUCAGCUUGCCAAGGACGGCGCUUACGACGGUGAUGCGGUCCAGCAGCUCAGGGCUCUAAACAGCGAGGCUUUGGAAGAGCUGUUGCGGGAACUUUGGGAACCAGCGCUUGCCGGCAGUGGGGGUGCCUGGGCUGUUCAAGCCGCUUGGCUCGGGUCUCCAGGACGCCUUUCCGAGCUGGCCACUUCAGGUUCCCAUGCCGUUGGCGUGCGGGCCUUGACCGCGUUAUUGAAAACCGAUCCUGCAAGACUUCUCAGCCUUUGUGGCCUUUCCCGGGACGGCGGUGCUGCUGAAAGAAGCUGCCUCAGUGCGGCACGUCGGCGUGUGGCGCUGCGUGCUCUGGGCCGAUUGAGUCACACUAGUUUGGAAGUCUUCGUCACUCCAAAGCUUCUCAACAGGCUUGUUUCAGUUCCCUGUGACUGCCCUUCGGCUGCCCGGCUCCUGAAAGGAGCAAGCGCUGAGAUUGUUGAAGGUUGGUGGCCCAAGUUGGCUUUGCCCUGUAGCACGGCCGUGUCCAUAGCAGCGCGGCUGCCGCAGCUGACCCUACAGUUGCUCGUUGAUGCCCCGCAGCGGUGGCAGGAGCAUGAGCUCCACAAGGUGGUCUCGGCUUGUGCGGCUUCCGCACCAGCGACUCUCGGGUUUUUGGCACGGUAUGCCGAGCAGGCGGCCGUCAAGAAGGCAGCACCGCCGAAGCUGUUCUUGUGGAUCUUGCAGGGCCUUUCCAGGAAGGCACCCCAGGAGGGGUUGGCAGCGGUGGCUCGGCUGCCCGAUCUUGGCCGUGCAGACCUGGCGCAAUGGGGUGCCGUUUUGCGUGCGUGUGCUCGGCGAGGAGAUUCGUGGCCACUCGCUUUGGAGGUCGCGCUCAAGCUAGUCUCCAUGGAUUCGGAUUUGGAUCCCGCUCCUCUCUUCCGCGCGCUGAAGCCAGAAAGGCCUUUCUCGAAGGAGCAGCUGGGAGCCCUCUUCACCCGGCUGGGCCUCCAGCAUCUCGGGGGCUGCCUGAAGGAUCUCCGGCUUUGGAACGAGGACCGUGACCUCGAGGAGGCGCUGUCAGCGCUGGUCGAGACCAUGCCUCACCCGGAAGCGGCCUCCAUCAAAGACCUCGCCCAGUGGACCCCGCAAGCCAGGAGGCUGUUGACGCAGAAGCUCGCGCAAAAGAAGCCUCCGGAAGUUGCAGGAGGGCCUCCGGACAGCAAUUUUCUGGAGGCUUUGGGCUGGCAGCCAUAUGCAGAUGUCGAAGCGGAGAUCAAGAAGCGCUGCAGCAGCUCCAACGCGAGUGCACGGCAAGCAGGGCUUUGCUGCCUGAUCCUCUGUGCAGGCAGACAUGGGCCUGAGGCAGUGACAGACGCCUUGAGGUUCUUCGAAUUCCGCCUCCGGAACGAACAAGACAAUGUGCGGGCAGGCGUCCUUCGGCAGAUGGCUGAAGCACCGGUGCUUGUCUGGCAGGAUGUGCACAUCCCUUCACUGAGGCAGUUGCUCACGUCAUCCGUGCAGGCCAAAGGCACCAGUUCGGAGUCUCUCUCGGUCUGGCAGCUGCUGGUGGAGGCCCUCUUGGCCAACGGUGCGGCCUUGCGCACUGAACUCGGCCUGGGCGCAUGUGGAACCUUUGCACUGGAAGUGAAGUCGCAGUUGACUGCCGCCUUGUCUUGGAACGUGAGCGAUGCGGGAUUUGCAUCCGAUGUCCUCUAUCAAACAGCGCGAUUAGAGCCGCAGCUGGCCUUUGUUGCUUUUCCGUGGCUCGUGGAUUUCCUGCGGCCCGGCAUUCGGACGUUGCUGGACUAUCGGAGGGUCGAUGAGGCCUGCGCGCUGCUAGUUCAAUGGGAAGGCCAGCGCCUCGAACUCCUUCAAAAAAUGCCUCGUGGCGGCCGCCCCACGGUGCCCGACAUCACCCACGCCUGUGCAGCCUUUGCCGUGCUGCUGCGCGAGACGUUCGAGACUGCCCUGCAGGGAGUCCACAGCAUCGACUUCUCGGGCGAGGCCUGGCGAGGCCAGGCCGCGCUUCGGUCUGUGCUUCUGCCGCCCAGACACCACCCGAAGAACUCCGAGGGCCUCAAGUGGGCACAGGAGCAGACGGUGCGAUGCCUGUGCCAACUCUGCAGCUCCUGGUGGCAGACCUUCUUCGGCCGCAUGGGCUCGGAGCUUCCCUGGCACACGGCGCUGGCAGUGCAGUUUCUGGGCUCCCCAGAAGCUCGGCACCUGCAGCGGCGGAACCGCGCGCUCUUUGACGAGCUGGUGCAGGCACUUUGCAGAAAUUGGGACACGCUGGCGGAGUGGCAGAAACGACAACUCGCCGGCGCGGUAGGGCAGCAAUGGGGCAGCGCAUGUCGAUCGGCAGAGAUUUUUUCGGGCCUGGCACCUUUGCUGUACCGACUCUGCGAUUGGCCUGUCCCAAUGGUCGUGGAGCAGCGCAGCACCACCACGCGCAUAGGCGAAGUCAGAUCCAAUAUUGCGUUGCGCAGCCGAGCACACGAGCUGGUGGCGUGCCAGAGAUCGGGAAGGGCGUCCUUGCUCGCUCGAUGGAGGCGCCAGCACGCAUCGCUCCAAGCCGAGCUGCUCUGCACUUCCCAAGUGCUUCUCAGGGCCUUGCAGCACAAGCCCGAGGCGAUUCAGUUGCUGGUCGGCUUCGAAAGCGAGAAGCUGCAACAGCUCCAGCAUCUCAUGGCCACCUGCAACUUGCCCCUGCACUUCUUGGCGGAGGAGUGGAAAGGUCCUCGGCAGUUUUUCUCCUGGCCUGUGGCGCUGCAGCGGUCCUUUGCCAAUGUUUGGCUGCGUCUGGGGUCAAACGGGCCCCAGGUGUUCCAGGAAGCAACCGGCUGGGAAGUGAAGUUGGCGCAGUGCCGCCUGCGUCUUGCGCUGCCAGCCGUGGACUCCGAGCUGGGUGGCGUGCUGGAGGCUUGCGUGGAAACCUUGAACCGAGAAGACCCGGACUCGGACACGGCCGUUGCCAUGGCCCGAGGCCGGGCCGGUUGGCUUCUGGACCGUCUGAUCCCUGUCUUGGCUUGCGCCGACCGGCCCAAGGAAGUGUUUCAGCUGAUCUCCAGGGAACUGGGCCAGGGCAACUCCAAGCAAGCCGCUCGCAGCUUCCAGCGCGUGCUGCGGAGGCUCGGUCCCGUUGAUGCCCAGAAUGCUCUGGAAGCUGCGCUCCAGAGCCGCUUGAAAGUGGCAGAGCGCGUGGCGUUGCUCAGGGAUUUGAGCGAGCUCGGCCUCUUCACCGGGUCGGACGCCAACUUUGUCGCUCUGCUCGAGUCCCUCUACGAGAGCCAUCGUGAUGUAGGCGGGGCCGUGCUCGCUGCGCUCUGCAGAAUGGGCCAGACGUCCCUGCUGACACGCGUGAGCCAAGACGACAGAUCGCUGUACCAGCUGCAGGUCAUGCUUGGCCAGCUUCAACGCACUUCGGACUCCUGGGGCGACGAGGUGGCGAGCGUCCUGGCGACGCUUUGCCAAAGACCUGGAUUGGGAGUGCAGUCCUUGCAGGCGCUCUCGGCUUGGGCACAGUCAAAGAGAAGCCACGGUGCAGGCACCGUGGCCUUGGUCGCAAGUGCAUCGUCUCAAGCCUUGGCUUCAAAAGACGAAAACUUCUGGGCGCCAGCGGCAGACUGCUUGGUCUCCCUUGCCCACCUGGAUUCCAGCCCACUUACAACCAUCUUCUGCCAGCUCAGUGCAGACCAGGUCGCCAAUGUGCUUCAUGCCUCCGCGAGGAGGCUCCGUGUCCUAACACAGCGCCUCUUGCAAGCGAAGGCCUCCUCUCUGGUUUCGGAGGCCUUAGUGCUGGCAGUUGUGUCGGCGGCUUUCCUCACGCCUUCUGCCCUGGCGUUGCGCUUUGGCUUAGAGCUUUGGGCCACGUGCCUUAACUGGGACGAGCCUGCAAAGGUUCUGGAGGCAUUGCAGAGCCUCCCUUCUUUACACUCCAUCCUCCUGCCUGUGCUGCUCUCAAGCUGCUCCACAUCACUAGCCCAGCAGAGACCCCAAGCUUUACGUGAGACCGCUCGCGCCUUGCUGCGAACGGAAACGGAGCCGGCUCUGGUGAUGCUCAUGGCCGUGGUGAAGUUCCUCCUUCAAUCACGGCGAACCGACCCUCAGCCUCGGACCACGCAGAUCCCGGAGCAGGAGGAGGAUUCAUGUAAUGAUUCAGAUGAUUCAGAUGAAGACGAAGAAGUCGACUCUGAACUCCCAUCGUCAAGGCCACCAGAGCCGCCAAGGCCCUCAGAGACUGGCGAUGCAGCUGAGUUUCUGCAGGCUCUCGAGCCCCUCUGCAGUGCUUCGGCCAGCUUGCAGCUGCUGCUCAUCGACCUGCAGCUCUGA